AUGAACAAGGUCGUUGAAGGUGAUGUUUACUUCCAGCAGCGUAGGGAUGCAACUGGAAGGUUAGGUUUAUCACCUCUGCAAAAAUGUACAGCGGCGAUAAGAAUGUUAAGCUACGGCAUGGCUGCGGACGCCGUGGAUGAAUACGUUCGGAUCAGUGAGUCAACCGCUCAAGUUGCCCUUCAACGUUUUUGUACCGGGGUCAUUGAUCAGUUCGGAACCGAGUACAUGCGAAACCCUACAACUGAUGAAUUGGCCAGAAUACUGCAUCAAAAUGAACUGCGUGGUUUUCCAGGCAUGAUAGGCAGCAUUGAUUGCAUGCAUUGGGAAUGGAAGAACUGUCCAACGGCUUGGAAAGCGCAGUACGCCGGUAGGAACAAGAAAGCAACGCCAAUACUGGAAGCCGUUGCAGAUCAGGAUUUAUGGAUAUGGCAUUCCUUCUUUGGUAUUCCUGGAUCUUGUAAUGACCUUAAUGUGUUAUACCGUUCCCCAGUGUUCGAUGAGGUUCUGCAUGGUCGAGCUCCUCCGGUAAAUUUUACCGUUAACGGCCAUGAAUACAUCAUGGCAUAUUACUUAGCCGAUGGUAUUUAUCCGAAGUGGGCAACUUUUGUUCGGGGUAUCACAACCCCUCAACUUCAAAAAGAUAAAUUGUUCGCUGACCACCAGGCUGCUGCUCGAAAGGACGUUGAAAGAGCAUUCGGUGUUUUGCAAGCUCGAUUUGCAAUAAUACGAAAAUCGUCACUGGCGUACGAUGAGGACAUACUGCGAGACAUAAUGAAAGCAUGUAUCAUUAUGAACAACAUGAUUGUUGAAGAUGAGCGCCACAACUACACUCGAGCCGAAGUUCUAAGAGCCUUCUACGAAGAAGAUCAACAAGAAUCAACACCAGCAUCAACAUCUACAACGCCACCGUUUGAAUUCAACGUAGGCCGACCUACCAACUUUGACUUCAACGCAUUUCUACAGCGAAAAGCUUCCCUCCGUGACAGAGAAAUUCAUCUAUCUCUGAAACGUGAUUUAGUCGAACAUAUUUGGCAACGAUACGGGCCACGUAAUUAG